AGGUCACUUACUUACCAGACCCCUUUGGCUCUGAAUUUUAGAGAGGGUCGCCGUACAUACGUAUCUCCUUCCUCAACCACAAUCACUUUUCUCAUUCGUCUCGAAAACAGAUACAAUACAAGCUUUGUUGUUUUAGCCACCAAAACGCGGUUUCAUACAAAAUCGAAUUAAUUAAUUAAUUAUUUAUAGCAGCUUACACUACCUCUUUCUCGGUAACUUAGGGUUUUCAUAAUUCUACUUCGUUUCCCUCCAAUUUUUAUUUUCUCAAACAGAACAGAACAGAACAUCGCAAUUUCUUCUUAGUUCGAAUUUCGGUGAUUCACGGAAUCCAAGUGGCGGCGUGUAGGAAUAACAAAUUCGUUGAUUCAUCAUGUUGGCUAAGAGAUUAAGCUCCUUCCUUAAACUCUCCCCUAAACCUCAGAUUUCUGGUGCUGUGAAGAAUGUGGAUGAACAACAGAGUAAAUAUUUUGGUCGUAAGGCAGUGUCGUUUGUUUUGAUUACUAUUACUGGUGGUGUUGCUCUGAGUGCUCUUGACGACCUUUCUAUCUAUCAUGGUUGUAGCAGCAAGGCCAUGGAGGAUGCAAGCAAGAACCAGGCAAUAAUAGAUGCUAUUGGAGAACCAAUUGUUAAAGGUCCAUGGUACAAUGCAUCUCUUGCAGUGGCUCACAAGAGGCAAUCUGUGUCUUGCUCAUUUCCCGUUUCUGGACCCCGAGGCUCAGGUGUCUUACAGCUGAAGGCAGUCCGCAAUGGAGAUGACACUUGGUCUUCCUUUUUCCUUCCUCGUGAUUGGGACAUUUUAAUCAUGGAUGCUCUUCUCCAUGUUCCUGGAAAUGAGGAGAAGCAACAGACAUUACGGAUUAAUCUCUCUCACAAGUUAUCUCCUUCCACUGCUUGCACCCAGUGUGUAGCUUGUCCUUCCCAAAGAUCAGAGGCAAAGUUGAGUUCCAAUCAAUAAUAGUAAGCUUAAGUAGUGAUUUUUAUUUCAACUAUAAACAAAUGUUACUGGUUUGAAACCUUUUACAUGAGUCAGAACAAUAGUAUUAUAAUAGCAAGCUUAAGUGGCGAGGCGAUCUUUCUUUCAACUAUAAACAAAUUUUUCUAAUUUUUAACCUUUUACAUGAGGUAUUAUUGUUUGUUUUUGGUGGAAUAAAUUUCAGUUUCUUAUGGUGUAAUAUGUAACAUUAUUCAUCAUUGAGAUUUUCAGAUAAAUGGUGGCUUGUCUGUUGUAUUUUUUUCUUCUUUA